AUGGGUAAUAAACGACUUCACAUUCGGGCAGCAUUUCAUGAGCUUCAGGCUGUUAACAAUAGUAACACAGAAUUUACACGGACUUCCAAAGAGGCAUGCGGCAUUCCUCCGAUGAACCAAUACGUCGAGUUCCAAGUCACUGGCAUAAUCAUGACGACGCUGGCCUUUGUCUUUUACAUCCUGCGAGUUACAUGCAAAAUCCUUGGGCCGACUUUUUGGGGCAUAGACGAUACACUUAUUUCAGUAUCAGCAGCCGUUUUGAGUCCUAUUUGCGUGUUCUACCAAUUAUUGCUAGAACAGGGUUUAGGCAAAGAUUUUGAAAACCUGUCGCAUCGCCAAGUAGCAACGUUCUUCAGAGUAAGCACUAAGCUUCGGUUCUUAGCUCGUUAUUCUAAGACUCAGUACUUCUUUGCAUUCGGACUACUUUACCACAUUGCCCUAACAUGUAUAAAAACCUCCAUUUUACUUUUGUAUCUUCAGAUCUUCCCAGACGAAACCUUCCGGAGAGUGGUCAAGUGGACUGUGGCAUGCAAUGCCCUGUUUGGACUGACAUUUGUAGUGCUCACUUUGAUACAAGCACCCGUGCUCUUGGGUAUAUGGAAGGCAUGGGAAGAUAAGACGAUCGGCGAGAGUAUGCAUUACAUAUCGUGGCCAUCGCUGGUGCAGGCUUGUUUGAAUCUAGCCCUGGAUAUCUGGAUGCUUAUCUUGCCGAUUUCUCAGUUAUACAAAAUGGGGCUGAAGAUCCGUAAGAAGCUAGGUGUAAUAGCAAUGUUUAGUGUUGGCAUAUUCUUGACUAUUGUUUGUGCUCUCAAGCUAUAUAAAAUGGUAGAGUACAUUACCGAUAUAAGCAAGUCAACCCAAAACGGAAACGAUGUCAUCUUCUGGUCUUACAUCGAACUCUGUGUGGGAAUCACGGUAUCUUGCAUGCCUCAUACACGCCAGCUUACACGAGCGGUGCUGCAUAGGUUGCAAUCGAAUGGAUGUGGUAUUAGGAGCUCUGGGAGCGAUGGUCCCUUCAUCACACGGUCUAUUGAAACAAUAACCCAGGUUUCGUCUCCUCUGGAUACAGUAGUUCUUCAUGAUGAAGGAAAUCUUCUUACGAAAUCAUAG